GAGACACCAAAGACAACACUGUCUCUGUUAGAUGGAACAAUGGGACAUAUUUCAGAGUUCCUGCUGCUGUCUGUACAGCUCAUGUUGUGCUUUGUUGUCCUCUCAGUCUACCAGGUGGAGGUGGAUUCAGAGGUGGAGUCUGUCCUGCUGCCCUGCAAAACCACAGUUCACCUGCCUGAAGACGUCACAGUGGAGUGGACGGACAGAGAUGAUAAUGUGGUCCACAUGUAUCAGAACGGCUCUGACCAGCCUGAAGAACAGGACGAAUAUUACAGACACCGAACAGAGAUGAAGAGAAACCUGCAGAGACCUGGAGACCUCAGUCUGACCCUGAAACACCCCACAGACAGAGACAGUAAGACGUACACCUGCACCGUCUACAGGGAGAGAGACAUCCUGAUGAAGAAAAAAGUGAAUCUCAAAGUCAGAGUCUGUCAGGUGGAGGUGGAGGAGGGGGCGGAGUCUGUCCUGCUGCCCUUCAAGACCACAGAGAACCUGCCUGAGGACGUCAGGGUGGAGUGGAUCCGCUUUGAAACCAUAUUUAAGAUAAAGACGGUCCACGUGUAUCAGAGCCAUUCUGACCAGCCUGACCGACAGGCAAGAGACCGAACAGAGAUGAAGGAAGACCUGCUGAGAACUGGAGACCUAAGUCUGACCCUUAAAUCCCCCACAUACAGCGAUGGAGGACGAUACAGGUGCAGAGUCUCCAGGAAUUGGAGUAUCCUGAGACAGAAAAGAGUUGAUCUCAGGGUCAAAGAGAGAAGCAGGAACAGACUAAUCUCCACUGAUCUAACUCCUCUGAUGACCGAUCUGUUUGAUCUUUGAUCCGAUCUGACUCUGGAUCAGAGAGAAAAUGGAGGUGAAGCAGCUGAUGGAGGACGGAUGAAGACAGGAGGACGCUUUGUCAGCUUCCUCUUCACUCUGACUCCUCCUACUGACUCUCACACACAGUCUACACACUCACUAUUGAUUCCUGCUGAUCAGUGAUGUCAGAGUGAGGUCAGCGUGAUGUCACAUGGCUUGAACGGGCGUGUUUCCUGUGAACCUCCCAGCGGCUGGAUAACAGCUGCGGCUCUCUGGAUAUUUGUGGCUCGUUCUAAUGCGUGCAGUCAAACAAACUUUAUUUCUACAGACACAGAGAAGUCAGCAGCUGCAGGAAAUCAGAACCACUGACAGGAAGUUAAGAGUCAAGUUAAACCACAUGUCAGAACUUUCUACAGCAGCAGGAUUUAGAAGAUGCUGGAAGCUGCUGUCUUUAGAUUUUGGACCCGUCACAAUUUGUCACAUUUUCUGAAGCCACAACAAAUCUUGUUGAAAGGAAACAGUUGAUUGAAGGUCCAGUUUCAAACGAAGAGUCAAAGCUUCUCUUUGUGUCGACUCCUUUAAUGAGAACAUUGAAAAGGACUCGAGUCCAAGUCUCAAGUGUCCAGCUCAGAUUAUUCCAGCACCAACCCUGGCAGGAUGCAAGUUAAACAGAAAGCAACACAUUUAGUGACAGAACAGAAAGCAGCCAGCUGUUAAAAUGGACUCAGAGAAUGAAGACACAAUAAGAUUUGAUUCAGUCAGACUUUCACAAGAACAAAGGUUUGUUCAGCCUGAACACAAAUGUGGUCUGUAGUGUUUUUGUAGUCCCUG